CGCUAGCAUGGCUACGAUAACACGCUGAUAAGAGUUAUUUGUGCCAGCCUUGUAAUGCUUCCGUGGCUCGUGCUUUUCGUUCUCCUUCAAGUUAUAGAGAGUGGGAAAAUUACUGUUUAAUUAUAAACAACCAAUUGAUCUAACUAUCUUAAAUUCACGAAAAAUGUGCAAUGUCUAAUUAUAAGAAUUCAUUUAACGACACAAAUCUACUUAAGUUUAAACCUCAUCUAACAUUCUUUUAUGGAUUAAACUUUUUCCCUUGAUAGUGGUGUUGGCAUUAAUGCAAUCAAUUGUCAUUACUUGUCUGUUGCAUCGGUAUACAUAGUAUAUUCGGUGUUUCAGAUUUUACACAAGGAAACAUAACGUUCUUACAUAAUAUCAUUAACAUGACAAGUAAAUGUGAUGAUUGAGUAUGAUGAAGGGAAAUAAACGACAAGAAUAAGGCAUAACGACAGUAAAGUGCAACUUGGUGUGCAAAAAGGCAAAUGCUGAAUAAUCAACUCUCCAUGAUGACGAAAAUAUACAUUGAUCGGGAACAAGAAAGCUUCACAGACGCCGGCAAAUGAAAGACACGUUAAUAUGAAUGAAGACAAAGACACAUGGAGGCAGAUAAAGACUAUAGAACAUGGCAUGGAUGUAACGAGAGCCUUGCGAUAAUCAAUACCCCUCAGUGCGAGAGACAAAAUUACGGAAACAAAUCUUUCAUAAACUACUCAUAUACCAAACUUUGACCUUUGAACCCUUAGUAGACAGAUAAAAACAUACAUGAUUCCUCUUAUUUUAAUCUUAAAUAGCUGGUAGGUUGUUUAAUAAAGCUUGAAAUGAGGUGAAAUGAGGCGUUUCAGCUCCACUUCUAAGGCGGGUUUUAGGAAGGUAAUGGAGGCAUGUCUGUGCUGGCUGCGUAUAUCCCAUCGCUCGGUUCUAAUUUAAGGCUGAGAGACUCCAACACAGGUCAACGUCACCACAUCACACACAAGGAGCUGCCACCAGUGGACUGGAUGCGGUCACCACUAUGCCUGUGUCGGCGGAUGUAUGGGUUCUUCCUCAACAUGGACAAAUUUGCAUUGUUAAGGAGGAUGGCGGACUUCAUCACGAGCCUCGCGCCUGCCACCACACUCAUCAUCAUCCUGCUUCUUAGCUAUCAUUCGUAUCAGCUUAUGAAAGCUAGCGGUUUGAACACCAUUCUUGUGUACUUCUUCAGCAUUGAAAUUUUUGGAAAUUGGCUGCUCUUUUUCUGCACCAAGAGCUACAUUGACAAAUCCUCUGGAAAUAGUGAGCUAGCCCCAGGCCUGUCUCAUGAUGACUGCAAACAGCUGCGCUACUGUCCAACCUGCAAGAUCUACAAGCCAGAGCGCAGCCACCACUGUUCCCUGUGUGAUCGCUGCAUUCACCAGCGUGACCACCACUGCUUCUUCCUUGGCACCUGUGUCGGGGGCUACAACCUUUGCUACUUCAUUCUCUUCUGCUUCUAUGCCUGCAUUGGGUGCUUGUAUGCUGCACGGCUGCUUCACCGCUACUACUCUGGCACCUACCUAAGAGCAUUCUGGUCCUCUGAGUUCCUGUACUACUUCUACCCUGUCACUCUUGUCAUGUGGAUGCUGGACAAGGCCCAGUUGGCAGAGGUUGGCUGGGUAACGCUGCUCUAUGUGUCCUCAGCCACAGGGGUUUUCACCGGGUUCUGUGUUAUACAGCAGCUUGUGUAUGUCCUCCGAGGCCAGACAGCCUACGAAUACAACAAGGGUCUGCUCAUGGUUCACCGCUCAGCCUUCCACAACUUCCUCCAUGUGUUUGGACGGUACUGGAUCCUUCACAUCCUGAUCCCUUUCCCCCGCCGUCGAGCCUCCACUGAUCCACGCAGCUUCCUCAAGAUUGUCUGA